GCCGUAGGUGGCCUUGGAGAUGACGCAGAAUAUCAUCCAGGAGCAGAAGGACGCCGCGAGGGUGAUCGUCGAGCAGCAGGUGGCAUCUUAUACUGGCUACCUGUUCACAAACGACUCGGACUACUUGACGUCGCACGGCUCCAUGGAGCCGAUGUACAAGGCAGACCAGCAGAAGACUGCGCCGGCUCCCGAAGAGGAGAAGAAGGAGCCAGGGCAGGUGGAGAGGAUGGCCCAGCAGGUCAAGGACCAGUCCAAGGCGGCCUACCAGGGCGUCAGCGGCCUCCUUCAGGGGCAGGGCCAGGAGCAGAAGCGACGCUCGGCGCGUUACAGCGGCCCGUUCGUCCAGGAGAUCCGGAAGCGGCUGGACUCCUACCUGGCCAUCACGGUCCGCAACGUGCGCGACUCCAUCCCGAAGGCCAUCGGCUUCUACCUCGUGCGGGGCGUGCAGGACAAACUUCAGUUCGAGCUGUUGAACGCUCUGAACAAGAAGGACCGGAUCUCGGAGCUGCUCGGGGAGCCGCCGCACAUCAUGGAGGAGCGCAAGGUGCUGAUGCAGCAGCUGCAGGUGCUGCAGCGGGCCAGCGGCGUCCUGACGCGGGACCCGACGCUCGCGGCGAUAGCCUUCGAGGCCGAGGAGGAAGAGGAGCAACAGCAGCAGCAGGCGCCGGCGCGCCGGCCAGCGCCGGCGGCGGCAGGGCCUGGCGCCACGGCAGCCGCUGCGCAGCGGCCAGCGCCCGUUAUCAGCUCGGCGACGCCCUCCGUCCCGGCCGCCGGAGGCGUCUCGCGGGCCUUGGGCGCCUCGGGCCAGCCAGGCGCCGGCGCCCCAGCAUUGCCGGCCUCCACAGGCGUGCCGCGGCCCUCGCCGGCACCCGCCGUGGGCGGCGGCGGCCUCUUCGGGGCUCCCGCGGCGCCCGCGGCGCGCGGCGGCGGCGGCCUGUUCGACGACGGCGCUCCAGCCGCGAAGAAGGCACCCGGCGCGACGAAGAACCCGCUCUUCGGGGAGUGAGCUCUUCCAUUUCUUCCACGCGCAGGGUAGCCCCCGGCGCCGGCGCCCUUCACCGAGCAGAGGAGGGCGUGCGCGCGCCCGUAGGAGUUGCCGCGUGCGAGGGCACGGGGACGCGCCCGAGGGGCGCGCCCGCUGGGUGCCGACUCGCGGGCGGAAA